AUGGUCUAUACGGAUAAAUGUCCAGUUUUGAGCGAUAUUGAAUGGAGAGAUAACUGUCAAUUUCCAGUAAUCCGUAAAGGUGAAACUCCAUCUGAUUGGAUAAAACGAAUUUGGGAUCAGUUGACGAAUUAUAAGAAUAAUAAUCGUUUGACUGACGAUAAAAAGCGAUAUCUUAUUGCCAGAAAAAUGAAAUAUUUAUGGGAAGGCGAUCUUGGUCAUGCUGUAGGUGUAAGUAUAGCAAUAUGUUAUUCAUGUAACAAUCUCGUUUAUUCUAGAAUCGGAAGUGGUUAUGAGUGUGGCUACAACAUGCCGGCAAAAUUUAAUCAAGCAUAUUCAGAAUUAAUCCAGAAACUACCACCCUCACUAGUGCAUGAGACUUGGAAACGUCUUAUUUUCAGAAAGCGGGAUCCAAUACCAGAAGAAGAGGCUAGUGCUGUAAAUCCAUUAAUAGAAGCAUUUUUAAGACAUGAAUUAGAAUUACGACAUGCAGAAAAAGCACUUGCAUAUAUGAAACAAUAG